AUGGGUAGCAACCACAAACAACAACCUCCGACACCGACAUCAACCUUAGGUACCAACAACAAACAACAACCUCCGACACCGACAUCAACCUUAGGUACCAACCACAAACAACAACCUCCGACACCGACAUCAACCUUGGGUACCAACAACAAACAACAACCUCCGACACCGACAUCAACCUUGGGUACCAACCACAAACAACAACCUCCGACACCGACAUCAACCUUGGGUACCAACAACAAACAACAACCUCAGACACCGACAUCAACCUUGGGUACCAACAACAAACAACAACCUCAGACACCGACAACAACCUUGGGUACCAACAACAAACAACAACCUCAGACACCGACAACAACCAUGGGUAGCAACAACAAACAACAACCCCAAAAGAAAACAACAUCAGACAUCUACGGAAAAACCACUCCUACACAUUCCACCAAUAGAACCACUCCUACAAACUCCACCAAUAGAACCACUCCUACAUACUCCACCAAUAGAACCACUCCUACAUACUCCACCAAUAGAAUUGGUCAUACACUACCACCAAUAGAACCACUCCUACAAACUCCACCAAUAGAACCACUCCUACAAACUCCACCAAUAGAACCACUCCUACAUAAUCCACCAAUAGAACCACUCCUACACACUCCACCAAUAGCACCACUCCUACAAACUGCACCAAUAGAACCACUCCUACAAACUGCACCAAUAGAACCACUCCUACAUAAUCCACCAAUAGAACCACUCCUACACACUCCACCAAUAGAACCACUCCUACACACUCCACCAAUAGAACCACUCCUACAAACUCCACCAAUAGAACCACUCCUACAAACUCCACCAAUAGAACCACUCCUACACACUCCACCAAUAGAACCACUCCUACACACUCCACCAAUAGAACCACUCCUACAAACUCCACCAAUAGAACCACUUCUACAAACUCCACCAAUAGAACCACUCCUACAAACUCCACCAAUAGAACCACUCCUACACACUCCACCAAUAGAACCACUCCUACAUAAUCCACCAAUAGAACCACUCCUACACACUCCACCAAUAGAACCACUCCUACACACUCCACCAAUAGAACCACUUCUACAAACUCCACCAAUAGAACCACUUCUACAAACUCCACCAAUAGAACCACUUCUACACACUCCACCAAUAGAACCACUCCUACACACUCCACCAAUAGAACCACUCCUACAUAAUCCACCAAUAGAACCACUCCUACACACUCCACCAAUAGAACCACUCCUACACACUCCACCAAUAGAACUUCUCAGACACACUCGACUAAUGGCACCCCUCCUAUACACUCGACUAAUGUAA